AGGGCAACUCGGCGCAUCUUCCCGCAUCUUCCCCCUCCUCCUCCUCCACGUCCACGUCCAGCUAUGGCCCUGGUGACUCUGCAGCGCUGCCCCAGCCCGAGUGCAGCAUCCUCGAGCAGCAGCGCGGGGGAGGAUUUUGGGAGCGACGAGGAUCGCAAAAAUAACCAAUGCCUCAAGGAGAGCUUCUUCGUGGUGAAGGGAGCCGCCCUCUUCCUCCAGCAGGGCGGCAGCGCAGAGGCAGCCGACACACCUACCCAACACGCACUCGCAGGCGACUUGCCUGAACACUUGCAGGUCAUGUUGACCGUACUGCGCUCGGAAGACCGCAUUAAGAUGGCGGUGCGACUGGAGAGCGGCUGGUCGGAGCGCUACAUGCUGCUGGUGUACACCGUCGGCCAUCAGGACACGGAGGAGGACGUCGUCCUCGGGGUGGACUUGUUCCCGCAAGACAGAAAAAGCUGCUCCAUCGGGAUGGUGCUGCCACUGUGGAGCGAUACCAACAUCCGCUUGGAUGGAGACGGAGGCUUCAGCGUAAAGACGACGGGGCGCUCGCAUGCCUUCAAGCCCGUGUCGGUGCAGGCCAUGUGGUGCGCCCUUCGGGUGGUGCACAAGGCGUGCGAGGUGUCUCGCCGCUCGGGCUACCUGCCCGGCGGCCCGUCCCUGGCCUGGACGGCCUUCUACGAGAGCCGCAUGUCGUCCGAGGAGAGCCGCGUCGACGAGUGGAACGCCAUGAUGGACCUGGAGAGCACCCGCCCAGACUCCCCUGCCGUCUUUGGGGACCAGCCCACCGAAAGGGAGCGAACGGAAAGCGCCAUUAAAGCCAAGCUCCGUGGCAUCAUGACCGUCCGAGACUUGCAGAACGUCACCUCCAAGGAGAUCCGCAACGAGCUGGAGCGAGACACCAGCUGCAACCUGAAAGAGUUCAAGGAGUUCAUCGACAACGAGAUGCUGCUCAUCUUGGGCCAGAUGGACAAGGCCACGCCCAUCUUUGACCACCUCUACUUGGGCUCGGAAUGGAACGCUUCCAACCUGGAGGAACUUCGUGAUUACGGCGUGGGCUACAUUGUGAACGUGAGCCGAGAGAUCGACAACUUCUUCCCGAGCCUCUUUUCCUACCACAACGUGCGCGUGUACGACGAGGACGCCAGCGACCUGCUGGCCCACUGGAACGACACCUACAACUUCAUUGUCAAAGCCAGGAAGAACAGCUCCAAGUGCCUGGUGCACUGCAAGAUGGGCGUGAGCCGCUCGGCCUCCACGGUCAUGGCGUACGCCAUGAAGGAGUACGGAUGGCCGCUGGAGAAAGCUUACAACUUUGUCAAGCAGAAGCGCGGCAUCGCUCAGCCCAACGCCGGAUUCAUGAGGCAGCUGGCGGACUACCAGAGCCUCCUGGACGCCAGCAAACAGCGCCACAACAAGCUGUGGCGACCCGGCACGGACGAGGAAGCCUCGGACGACUUGGCAGCCUCCGGCGGCGGCGGCGGCGAGGAGGAGGCCUGGGGGCUCUGCGGGGCGUCCCCCUGCCGAGGUCUGGAGAUGGAGCCGCUGGACUCGCUCAACUACAACUACUACUUUCGCCGCCUGUCCGACUCGGCGCUGGACAGCGAGCCCUCCACCCCCGUGCGUGGGCCCCCCCUGCUGGGCAUGGAGAGGGUCUUCAUCGAGAUCGAGGACGUGGAGCGAGACGCCCUCCUGGAGGACGAGGGCUUCCCCGUGGCCCACCUGGCCUUGCCGGGCGGAGGGGGCGGGACGGGGGCGCAGACGUGCGGACGCCUGGACCCCCUGGAGGACAUGCGACUGAGGCUGGAGUUCAGCACGCUGGAGGAGGAAGACGAGGAGGAGGCCAAGCAGGAGGAGGCCGAGAUGGCCGCCUUGGAGGGCAAGAAGCACGCCGAGGAAAGCCGGCUGGGUCUGGCCAACUUGAACACCAACAACAGCAACCGGCUGGCCGCCAAGCGGAGCUGCCCGGCUGCCUUUGACGACAGCGCCAGCACGGGCAACCCCUUAAAAGUCAAACCCUCCUACCAGUCCUGCAAAGACUGUUGCCUGCGUCUACCACAAGGGCGGCGCUGCGAGCGGCCGGCGGGGGCGCGCUCCCACCGCCUCAACCCCUCCCGACACUGCGCCCUACCCACCAUCUGCGUGGAUCCACCCGGGACCGUUUUCAUUUCGCACUCCCUCCCGGAUCCCAUCUCGGUCCAGUGCUGCCAUUCCUCCGAGGUGCCGCUUUUGCGCCACAAGCCGCUCUCGCCCAUGAGUUGCGAAGACCCCGCCGGCGCCGCCGCCACGCACGACGUCACGGACCAAGCGGAGGCCGGAGGACAAAGCGCUUCGGAAAUGGCCCAACUGGAGUGAAUGGGGGAGCGGACGCCGGGAUGGCUGAUGUGGUUUGACGCGGCGCCGGCCCUGGGCGGGGCAGCGGAGCUCCAGCUCAAACUGAAGUUGGAAUCCGAGUGAGCUGGUUGGCUGCUUGGACUUUGUGGAAGCUGAAACACAAACAGGACCAUCAGGUCUUUCCCUGGAAGGCUACCGUAGCGUAGCGUAGCGUCGUGUGACUUUGACCAAGCCGCGGUGGGCUUCUCGGAGUUGCAAUUUGAAGGCAAACCUCCGAAAGCGGUUCUUCUCCCUAAGCAUAUGACAAAGAACGCCGCUACUCAGACGAUAUCUCGCGUCAUUUUGCAUCGCAAGAGUUUAUUUUGAAAGGCCCAACUCAAACGGCAAGGUGGCCAAGGAGACAUUUUGUGCAGACGUACAUUUCCAGGAUGGAUGGGGGAAGGCAAAACGUGCAAAGCAUCCUCGUCACAGCUUUGUUUUUGUAAAAGUGCAACCUCUCCAAAGAUAUUCUUGACCGUC